AAACGAAUAUUUUAUUUUUUGUUCUUACCGUUAUUAACUCUUGCUUAUACUCAUACUUUUGGAGCCAUGAUUGAGCAGGAGGACCUCGAGAAAGACAAUGAACAGCCUUACUUCACAGGAGUCUCGUAUGACGAAAAAUUCUGCAUGCAUGCUUGCCCAUGGAGCGAGCUGCACAUUGAGAAACCGGCUCGUUUUACGCGAAGUUUGGAAAAAUGUGCCGAAUGGAAACUGUUGGAUCGUUGCAUGAAAAUUCAGGGACGACAAGCGACCCGCGAAGAGUUAAUGACCGUGCAUAGCAAGGAAUACAUCGAUCUGAUCUCCAGUUGCAGUUCGAAGAACAACGUUGAGCUGAAGGCGAUAUCCAGCGAGUUCAAUGAUGCUUACGUCAGCAUUCAUACCUUUGACGUGGCUUCGUUCGCCGUCGGCUCCUUGCUAGAGGCAGUGAAUUCGGUGAUGACGUCACAGUGCAGGAACGCGUUCGCGUUGGUUCGUCCACCGGGGCACCAUGCUUUGUUCGGUGAAGCAAACGGAUUUAGUAUUUUCAACAAUGUCGCCAUCGCCUGCGAGGUUGCUCUGCGGCGCUACGGGCUCAAGCGGGUGCUGGUGGUUGACUUUGACGUUCAUCACGGUCAGGGAAUUCAGCGCGCUUUCUACGAUUCCCACCAAGUGAUGUACGUCUCGAUCCACCGCUAUGAAUACGGUUUGUUCUGGCCGCAUUUGAAAGAAAGCAACUGGGACUACUUUGUUUUGUAUUUAGGUUUUGGUUAUAACAUAAACAUUCCUCUGAACAAGUGUGAUCUGGGUGAUGCAGAAUAUUUGGCGGUUUUUCACCAUCUCAUCUUACCACUGGCCACUGAAUUUUCUCCAGAGUUGACCUUUAUUUGUGCCGGAUACGACGCCGCGGUCGGUUGUCCUGACGGCCAUAUGAAAGUGAAUCCUCAGACUUAUGGUCAUUUGGUGCAAAUGCUUUGCUGUCUCGCAACCGGUCGAGUGAUUGCAUCAUUAGAGGGCGGCUAUUGUCUCGAUUCAUUGGCAUAUUCAGUAGCUUUUUCGGUCAGGGCGCUUUUGCAGGACCCGUGCCUUCCUUUGCCACCGAUCCACGACGGUGUGGACCCCCUCGUUGUGGAGGUGGUCCUGAAUAUUGCUUCUACGUUGCGAUCAAAGUGGAAGUCCAUGGAUUAUUUUAUGCGUACCGUCAACCACUGCCUGAGUCGGAUAAAGGCGGUGACGUAUUUCGCUUCAGAGGCGACUUACAAGUAUAUCCCAGGAGCUGUGCCAACGUGUUCCUGUGAAGUAAAUACCCCAAGCAACCCUGAACUGUUGCGAGCAGUCAUGGGCUACUUGUCGAAGGAGGUGCCUCUUGCCACUAACGAUAAGAGGUUGAUCGGCAUCGCUUACGAUGUUCCUGAUUUUGAACCCGUUUCUGCAGAUUCUGAGGCGUUCAGCAUUUCAUUACCGACCAGUGACCCUGGACGAUCGAGUAUCCUUUACGUGUUCCUCAAGGAAGCGGACUGCAGUCGACGACUGACCAAGUGGAUCUCAGAGUAUGGCUGUUUAUUCGGUCUAUUUUAA